GUAAAACCCAUUUGUUACUAUUUUUUAAUAGCUUGAGAACUGAAUGUGGGACUAAUAGAUUAAUUCGAAAUGUGACAGGAUUAAGUAAAGUAAGUUAACAUGGCUGAUAAGUAUUACCGCCUUGUGAGUUUUCUUGUUAACAUCUGCCCACAACCACUCAGAGAGCUGUUUUUGAAGUAUAUGAAUGCAGAUCCGACCCGAGCACCAACAUGUACUACUGUCGAUGCAUAUCUCGCUUCCAAAAAGCCUCAAUUGCAGGUUUUACAGAGGAGAAAGCUUAUCAGACAAGAUCAGUGGCAACUGCUCUUCCCUAUGACAGGUCAAGUGGAUGAAUCGUCAUGGGACAUUACUCUUGUGAUUUUACUUUUGGACGAAUUCUUUAAAAUGCAGCUUCAACAGCUAGAGGAAGAUGCCAUUCAACACAUACGAGUAAUUCGGAAUCGAUUGCAACAUAUGUCCGAAACUUCAAUUGCGGAUGCAGACUUUGAUGUCAUGUGGAACAUUUUAGAAAAAGCAACUAUAGAUUUGGCAAAACAAAUACAGCCUUCGCCAGCGUAUAAGGAUAGAAUAAAAAAAGACAUAGACGACACAAAAAUUAACAAUAUGCCCAGACUAGGAGACUCAUUACGAUAUUGGUAUGAGCAUAUUAUUAUGCAGCUGAAGUUAGAAAUUGAAGAUAUGAAAGAAAUCAUCAAGGAAAUGUCAGAACAUACAGCGGACAAUGCAAAAUGUAGCAGGGACUGUUGGACUAUACUGCAAGAGUCUUCUGUUAAAACAGUUGGUCCUUCAGGUGACAAGGUUAAACGAAUGAAAACUGUUGACCAAAUACUGGCAAAACUGAACAAAUACUUUAUCACGACAUUGAAAGAAGAUUUGCCGGCUAAUUUCGAUAGUCCACCGGAAGUCGCUGAUAUCAAAACAAAACUCCGUGAUGUUCACCAUGUCGUGGUGACGGGUUUCAGAGAUACUCGAUAUCUAGAAACCGCUCUAGCCGCAAUUCAUAGUAUGAAGUACAACCAUAAUCGGUGUGUGGAGAUGAGAGACUCCUCGGAUUGGCGUCAUGUAGACCCAGAAGAAGUUGACCUUGUAUUAUGCCGAGAACCAUUUGGUGACUUUACGUUCGAUGAAAAGAGAACAAAGAGCAUGGCUGAUAUUUUCAGUAAUAUGCUUCAGACUGCAAGAGCAUCAGAUGGAAGCAAACAUCUGGAUAUUGUGAUCGUUUGUGAUGUAGAGCUUCUACAGCAAGUUUCAAAUGUCCACGGGCAUGACAUACUUGAAGAAGUGGUCCAAGUAUAUCAACCGACAUCUGAAACCACACCAGCUGAUCUCACAGGUAUCACCAAGGAGUCUGAAGGAGUGAUCAGCGCAUCGGCACAAAAUCUCUUGGAUUUUACAGCCGUUUUCAUGGACAGAAACAGAGACGAUACUCUACAUUCCAAAAUAAUUUGUGAUAAGGCAAAAUCAAUGCUCAAGAUGAAUAAAGUGGUUCUAAUAACUGGGCCGAAGAAAUGUGGUAAAACAGUCCUUGCCUUAUACUUGGCAUCUGUCUACCAACCGCACCAGUUCCUCAUUCUAAACAAACCUGAAGAUAUCAAACUCGUAAGUCUAAGUAGUAUUUGUUUAGUCCUUGUGGAAGACUUUGCUGGAAAAUAUCGCUUUGAAGAAGGUCGAGCGUGUGCGUGGCUUGAGAAAUUUGAUAUGUUAUACAGCGUAGUCGGUGCAAGAAAGUUAAACGUGAUUAUAACGUGUGAGGAAAAAUUGUUAAAGAAAUGCAGAGAGGAGUUCGGUCCACAUCCCAUUCUUGGCAACAUUAUAACAUUGCAACACACAGACAGGGUUGUCAAAUCGGAAGCAACAAAUGGUGAAACUAGCAAUGGCAAUUCUCGAACACAGUGUGAAACUCCAAUGAUCACAGAUGAUGGUCAAAACAUAACAGAAAGCGCAUACACAACCGAGAAACAAAAUGCUAGUUCAGAUGCACUCCAGCCUGAAAAGAUAAACAGGAACUUACACUCUUCAGAUGUAUUCUUCAUCGUUGAGGACAUGUGCCCUUUCGGGGAUGAUAAAUUCCUCUUUUUGAACACAUCUGCAACGGUUUCGCUUUUGAACUCAGAUCUUGACGUUGUUGGCACGUUCGAAACUCAUGAACAAGGCGUUGAAAAGAUUUGCCAGACAGGGGAUCAAGAACUUCUCAUUGUUAGUGAUCAACGGCUAUCAUUAUAUGAAUUCAAAACAGAAAGCAUAGAGCGUAUACAGACUAAAAACAUAGAGCAUGGUUGUGACUGUUUAGCUGUUGGAGAAGAUGGAGAGGUGUCGAUUUUAGAUGGAAAUACAAUUUAUAUAUACUCGGAACUGCAGCUAACUUACAGCCAACGGCUGCCUGUUAAGGAACGCAAGGAGGAUGACGAGAAGAAAAUGGUUUUGUUCAGUGACAAACAAUGCGUCAUAAUUGCGAAACGGAACUGCAUCAAAUCAGUCAUGUUCUCCUCUAGUAAGCAUUUAAAACGAAGCCUGCAUUUUAAUAAGAAAAACGUAAAUCCAAUCUCUUUAUGCACAGGUGACGAUGAUGUAUUUCUUCUCUGUUCCUACAAGCAAACCCAUGCAAAGAUUAUGCGCUACACAUGCGAUCUAGAGAAGAUCGGAGUUUUAGACUUGGCUGACGUACACUACGCCCCUAGUCUUACAUCGAUGAUGUUUCACAGACAAACUUCGAGACUUCUAGUUACUUGCAGCGGUAAUCUAGAUGAAUGGCAUUGGGAUAAACACGCAGGAUUUAAACUUCCAAAAAGCGAAAGAAAUCAGUUCACAACAGCAUUUACCAGAGUAAGAACAACAACUACCAACGAAAUUGGCAGUCUUAAUCGUAAUUUUAAUAGCCGUUUCUGUCAACACCCAGACGGAUCAUUCCUAUUCUUACAAUGUGAAUAUGAUGAUGAUGAUGAUGAUGAUGAUGGUGAUUUCAGUUUGGAAAUACACCAUUUUAGUUCCGACUUUCAGUAUAUCCGUAAGUACAAUACUGACAUAUCCUAUUAUCCGGAGGAUGAUUACUGUGAUAUCUGCUGUACAGACAGUGGAGAUGUUGUGAUUGAUGCUAAUGGCGAGGUAACGUUGUACAGAAUUACAGACGGAACCGUUCAGAACAUUAAAUCAAAUAGUAAUGCACACCGAGAUAGCUUGAUAGCGAAACUUUGUUUCUUCAUGAAUCGGAUAUACAUAACCUUUGGUGAUUACGCUAGUGCAAUUGUUAUGUUGGACACAAAUUUAAAUGUUAAGAAACGGGUGAAAUUGUAUUUAGACUUAUAUGAAGACCUGAACGACUUCCCUGUAGUGGUUCCAUGUGUGAUGCAGAAGUACUUGUAUAUUCAUCCUGAAAACGACAGUAUUAUUUGUGACGACCCGAAAAAGAAGCAAAUGAAGUAUAUGCAGGUGGAAGGCUUUAAACCACAGUGUAUAUGUGCUGCCAGUGAGGACAGUGUAUUUGUAGUAGGGAUACAGGAUUUGGAUGACCGAAGAAUUCUACAGGUGAACACUGACAUGGAGAUUCUUUCUGAUAUACCACUGAAAAGGAACGAAUUCAAAUACACUUUUCCGCAUCAAAGAAUUGUAUUUGAUAAAGUAAAAGCCAGGUUGGUCCUAUAUGAUUCUUGGGGCGAGGUCAAACAAAUAUACUUAGAAUGAGUUUGUUCAAGAAUCCUAAAAUAUGGAGUUGUAGAACCAAGAAAUCCACUAUUUAAAUAUUUUGAAAUUGUAAUAUGAAGAUGACAUAGAAACAAAGUAUCUGAACUGACUCCGCUCCGGGAGAUUAUAUCAUUUUGAAAAGAACACUUUGAUUGAAAUUGUGUCCGUAGAUAAUUUAGACAGUCCAGACAACGCUUGAUGUUUUUGUCAUUAUUGGCCUCCAGUGGGCUUCUAUGGAAAACAUUUUUGCAUAAAUAAAAUGUAACACAAUAUAGACUGAUGAAACUUUUUAUGACUGUAUAUUUACUUGUAUUCUAUCAUCUAGCAACAUAAAGUGUGUAUGGGUUUGUGUUCUUUAAAUUUCACAAAAAUCAACUGAAUACAUUGCAUUGCUGCUUAUCUUAUGCUUUAUGUAUUUGAAAUAAAAACUGUUUAAAAAAUG